ACAGCUGCAAGUUUUCGUGGUGUUUCCUUUGGUAUCUCGUUUCUAACUUUUUAUUUUAUAAUUAUGGCCGAAAAUAAGAGAAAGCGGUGUCAAAAUUUCACGUUUGAUGAAAAGGAUAAACUUGUAAAGUUAAUGAAUACUUUUAAAAAUGUUAUAUUAAAUAAAAAGACGGACGGUACAACAAAUCAAGCGAAGAAUGAAGCGUGGGUGAAUUUGUGCACAAGAUUUAAUUCCACAGGAACCACGGCUAGAAGUAAAGAAUCUCUUAUGAGAGUCUGGGAGAAAAUGAAGACUGAUGCGAAGUUAUACAAAGCACUUAGCAAAAGCAGUCACAAUGGCACAGGAGGUGGCCCAUCGUGUGUUAAAACAGAUAUAAUUUUGGAACAAGUCAGUGACUUGAUGGGCCGAGCAUGUACAGGCAUAACUGAUGUCCAGGAUUCAGAUGCUGACCAAAUUACUGAAGCCAGUUCAUUACCAAUACUUGGUGAUGAGACAAUGGAAAUUUUAAUAUUUCAAAAUGAAAAUGUUAGUAUUUAUAGAAUUCUCUAUUAUGUAGGUAUAUUAAAAUUAGAAACUGACUGACAAAUAGUCCAAAUGCCGUAGUAGAAAUCAGGGCAAUAAGUUUGUUACAUAUUAUAAUAUUAUAUAAAAGUAAGUUAUGUAUAUUAUUGUGUUUGUUUAAGGAGAUGCUUUUGUUCCUACCAGUGGUUCAAUAGAGGGCUAGACAGAGAAACACUACGAGGCGACAACGACAAAAUGAACUAAACUGGCAGAAUUUUCAAUACAAAAUUAUUUCACUCAUUUGUAUAGGUGUCGACCCACUGUAUGAUUAUAUUAUAUUUACACUGUGAUUUUUAUAUUAGAAUUUGUUUUGUUACAAUUUUAGUGCAAUACAAGAAAUGUGGAAAAUAUUGAAAAUAACGAUGUUGGGAAUAAUAAUGACAUUGCUCCAACACUGUCAUCACCAACAUCGUCUCAAUUUAUAAAGUCCACACCUAUAUGGAAAAGACGACGACCAAUAAUUAAAGAAAAUAAGGAUAAAGCUGAAGUUGUUUCAACGUUAUGUGGAGGUUUUAAAGAUUUGAAUUCUAAAAAGGCUACUGUGGAAGAUUUAAAAAUUAAAAUGUUAGAAGAAGAAAUAAAAUUUAAAAGAGAAUUGUACCAGCUGCAGUUAGAAACAGCUAGAAAGGAAUUGGAAAUUAAAACUGAAGUAUGCAACCAAUUAAAAGGUCACACCUUAAACUUUCAAAAUGUAUCAGGAAUACCUAAAAAUGGUUCUGCAAAUAACUAGUUUAAGUGUACUUUUUAAUUAAUUAAAUAUCCCUUACCCAUGCAUAAUCUUUUUAUUAAAUAAAAAGUAUUUAUUUAAUCAAUAUUUUGAGCUCUGUGAUGAAUGAUGUUAUUCUUUUUGUUUGUAAUUUUUGUAAUUCUUUUUGUAACCUACUUAAGUUUUAAUCAAUAUUAUAUUAUUAUUCUCCUU